AUGUUGUGUGUAAGCCAUGGCAACGUAAGAGAGACGUGACGUGCAAGUCCAAAAAGAAACUUGAAUAAAAAAAAUCAAUUCAAACAGCGGCAUAUUUAAUACACUUAAUAUUUUUUAGAAACAGCGGCAACACCGAUUUUAGCGUCCAUCUUUACUAUUUGAUGUGUUGUGUUGUUUUAUCAAAACUUGAGAUUUUUUUAUUCGCUUCUAGAAAAGUAUACCUACUACUAAUUUAUUUAUGAAAUAAUCAAGUAAAGGAUUAUUUUAAAGAAAAAACCUACUCUUAUUCGAUGUGAAUUGCUAAGUCUAAGUUCGUAAUUUCAUAAGUGUCACGAUAUCAAUAUCGUUCUAAAAAGUUUCACUGUUCUUUGGUAUUGACCUAGGUGCUAAUUUAUGGACCAACCUUCAAAUGAUAUCAACGGCUUUCUUAACAGGAGAAAUAUUUUUUCCUCGUCGAUUGCAGACGUGCUGCAUUUUGUUGUAACAAGCUUGUUGUGAAGGCAGAUGAAGUGCGGGGAUGGAUAGACUGAGCCAGUUGCGAAGUACGGCUGGGGGCUCAGGUGAUUCCACGCUGGACACCACAUCGCCACCGAGCGAGGCGUUUAUGACGGCCAAUGAAAACUCCAAAUAUUUUUCUCUGUCUGAAGUUGACUCAACCUUUGACAUUUCUCACAUAAAAGAUGUGGCUUUAACAUCGACGAGUACAAAAUCAGACACGACCAUCACGGGCACCGACGUUAUCAUAGGAAACUUGUCGCCAAUCAAUAAAAAAAUUGACCGUGACAAUUACAAGAUUGGCAAACAAAUUGAAGCUGCCAACAUCCUAUCUGGAGGAGUGGAGAUAUUUGAAGACAACGACAAUUCUUAUGAUGGUGACGAGCUGGUAAUUGAUGACAAUGUAGAUGUAGAUGACAAAACACCGACAGAACUUAAGGGAGCAGAAUCUGAGGAAUAUAAGCUAAGUGAAAAUUUUACUGAAACGCCGACACUCAUGCAAGGUGAGACAAGUAAAGAUACAGAAGUAGUGCUACAAAUUGAUGGCAAAAAUGUGGAUGCUAUAGAUAUUGGGAAUGGAUUGUAUUUGUAUAGGAAGGACGGGGAGGAAGAGUUAGCUGCUGUUCAGAUCAUAGAUAACCAAGAGCAACCCAGCUUUAAAUUUCUCAAAGUUCGUGAAAAUGCUGAAGGGAAUUUAGAAGUAUAUGAAGAAAUAGAAAUAGAAGUUACAAAAGAAGUGCCUACAAAAGAUGGGAAGCUAAUCGAAAAGAACACAUCACAUGUGCCUAUUAAUAAAGAUUUAAAUAAAAUCAUAAAUGAUUCAUCGAGUAACAAAGUUACUGAAAAAAAGAAUUUUCCCACAAUGGAAACUACACCAAUUUCUACAUCAGAAGAUGCAGACAGUGAAAACAAACUGUUACCUUUUGAGGGCAAACCAGAAUUAAAUUUAAAUGGAAAAAUGAUGAAGUUCAGUGAAUCAAGAAAAUCUCCUGUGGUAGGCAGUUUUAUGCCUAUGACACAUUCAACUCCUAACAAAGAAGGUGUCCCGCUUACAAAAACGAUGGUGGAUCAACAAUUGCAUCCGAGUAGACAUUCUGAUAAUGUUAAGAAAACGAUUGAAGUACACACUGAUAACUGUAAACAAAAAUUAGUUGAAACACCAACAAAGCACAAAGAAAUUACAGAGCUAAACAAAGAGCCUGAUGAAACUGCUGGUUUGGGUGUUACAGCUGGUAACAAUGUUUUUGAUAAAGGAGAAAAAGUAGAACCAAAGAGUACAGUUAGUGAAAACAAACUUAGUAUCUUAAACAUAAACGAACAAAAAGAUAAAAAAGAUAGUAUAACUGAAAACUUAGAUUCAAGAUUUCAUGAUGAAGAAACAAAUGCAUUACCAAGUAAUGAUCUAAAAGACAAUUGCGAACAUUUAAUAAAGGAAGCCAAAGUUACACAAAAUGACAUGCCGCAGAACACAGAAUUAGAAAAACCCCCAUUAAAAAGUAAUGAAAUUAAAGAAAACCAAGUAGAAACUGCUGUAGGAAAAAUAGAACAAUUUGAAGAAAUAGAAUCUACACAAGAUAUGCUGACCACAAAUAUGGUAUCUGAUAGUGACAUAAAAGAUCAACAGAGCUGCAAGUCUUCUACAGAAAUUACUUUGACAGAUCUUUCGAAAGUUGAAACGAGUGUGAAAGAGGAAGAUCUAAUAAAACAAGCUACGGGUGACGUCAGUACAGCAGUAAAUAAAAUACAUGGCCAGACCCUUGUGUUACCUAAAGAAAGGACAUUAGAUGUUGUCGAUUCUAGUGAUAACAUUAGUGGAAAUAAAAAUCGUAGUGGUGCUAGUCUCGAGGUGGCCACAACAACAGAUGAAGUUAGCUGGCCUAAAUUGUUAAAAGAAGAAAUAAAUAAAUCAACAGAUAUAGAAAAUCCAAAAAAUAUUGUAGAAGCUAAAGAUGCUACACCAGAUGAAAAUAAUGUUGAUACCAUUAGCUCAGCUAUUAUUCUUAAUAUUACGAAAAAACCUGAAGAACCAGAAAGCAAAUCAGAACCUAAACUUACUUUAGAAAGUAAAAUCGCUGCAAAAAUUGAAAAUGUUAAAGAAUUUGACACAGUUGCCAUAAAUAAAGACCAGCUUAAAGUAAAAUUUAAUGAAGAAGCAACACAGAAAACGGCUGAUCAAGAAAAGGAUGAUAUUAAAUUAGAAAACAUAAAAAUUCAAGAGAAAGCAAUCAACAAUAACAAUAGUGCUGUUCCUUUUGGUCAAUGGACUGAGGCCAAUCGACAAGCAUUCUUAAAUAAAAUAAAGGAAACCAAAGCACCAGUUUAUAAUACUAGCAGCAAAUCAAUAAAAAAUUCUAACGACUUGAACAAACGUGAUGUCCUUAAGAAAAUCGAUAGUCAAAGACAAACAACUAACGCAAAUACAAAAAAUUCAGAAUUAAAUAAACCUGUUGUAAAAAAUCAAUCCUUAUUCAUAAACAAAACAGCAAUUGCCAAACCAGAAAGCAAAUCGAGUUCUGCAGGAAACGAGAGCAAAAUACCCAUAAAGUCUGUAACAUCUGAACCAAAUUCUAAAAAAGUAAGCUUAAAGAAUAUGAACAAGUCAGAAGCAGCGACGAAAGCCGAAAUUCUUUCUGCCGAUAAACCUGUACCUCUUGUUGUUACGAAUACGUUAAAAAGAGAAACUCCUCAGAGAAAAGUUAAUGCGCAAGAUUUAAUUGACAAAACAAUUGAAGAACUAAUUAACAGAACGUAUCCAAUGAAACCUGUUACGGAAGAUAUAAAUCUUAGUGUACAGAACAAUGUGGACAAGAAGAAUUUGAAUUCUACUGUUGUAGAUGCCAUUGCGAACAAUCAAACUACUUUAGAUGCCAUUGAAUUGAAAAUGAGUGAAACACAGGGAACGAACUUAAAAGAAAUACCUCCAGAAAAACCACAGGAUCUAAAUUCGAAACUAAACAUUAAUAAAAAUGAUAGGAAAAAAGAGAAAAAAGCAAACGCUCAGGAGAGCGAUGUACAAAAAGUGCCAAAUUUAGCAGCAGCAGUUCCGCUGAAAGAGACUGCAGGUGCUACAUCAGCAUUCGACUCUGAAGAAGAAAUUAUUGAACAUGAACCUGUGACCGGCGAUAUCGAAACCAAUAAAAGUUCUCUUUCGUCUCCAAUUACCGUCAAAGAUGAAUCUUUUAAAGAAUCUGUACCUAAACAUGAUGAGAAGAGAACAGCUGUCAUCACGGAGAAAGAUUUUGAUAAAUUUGUUAGGAGGAAUUCUGUUACAUAUCAAAAUUGUUUAACAGUUAACGUUCCUGAAACGCAGGUUGUCCCGGCAAAUUAUUCAACUAAACAAAGUGAAAUACCUGUAAGGGCGCCUACGAAAAUACAAAAUUUCAAACAUAUCCCUUCAAACAAAGUCACCAUUUUAUCAAAUAUACCUGUAAAUGAUGAUCCGUCUAACAAAAAUUACCAAUCGAAACUACAGAUUGCAUAUCAAAAUGCUUUAACUGUUAAACGAAAAAUGGAAGGACCCAUUACAAUUAUCGAAGACAAGCCAGUGAAAGUUGUAUUCAUGGACACAAAUGCGGAGUUCACUCCCGGUCAAUUGAAUGUACAGGGCAAAGAUUUGUCCCCGUCGAAAACAACUGGAGAUGUUGACAAUUCAACGAUUAGUUCUUGCGAUUCGUUUGAUUUUGAUGUUGUUGAUACAGGAGAAACCAAAUCACACGAUGAAUCGAAAAGUAAAAUAAAACACCAACGAAAACAAGUAUUAACUCCUGUUGAAGAACCGGAAUUCGAAUUGAUUCAACCUAGCGAUUUAGGAAUAGACGUUUCGCCCAAGAAGAAACGAAGGUUCGAGGAAAUAAAAAACGAAAAGCCAAGCGCAAAGAGCUUAGUUCACAAAAAAUCAUACUUACUUGGUCGAAGUAUAACCAGAGAAGAAAAAGUUAAUGGGCAAAACACAAUCAAAGAGGUAAUGAACAGCGACGUAGAUAUGCCUAGAAACAAAACCACAGUGUCUGCUAUAGAUAAUUUGGUCAAAGCUGCCGAAUUACUAGAAAACCAGUCCGAAAAUAAAGAAAGGAAAUGUUCUAUUAAUGAUAGUCAACAGCAGACUCCUACGAAAAGAGGAAGGGGACGUCCAAGGAAGUAUCCAUUACCUGACGGAAGCCCGGAAAAAUCUAAACCACCAAGUCCGAAUAAAAAACCCCGUCUAAUAGAUGCAAAGCCAAUUAAGCACGAAACAUCUACAGAAGACGAAGAUAGCUCAGGAGAUGAAAUGGUCAAAGAAAAUUGGACAAUGGGAAAAAUUAACGAAAAUAUAGUUUGUCCAAUUUGCAACAAACUGUUUAGGACAGAGAAUGUGGUUUUCAAGCAUGUUAAACACUGCACCGGUCCUUCGCCUAAUAGAUCUGAUGCAGGUAAAAGAAGAGCACGAAGAAUGAGAGAUUCUCAAGAUUCCGAUUCUAAAUCUUUCGACAGUCACUCUGAUCCGUUGAAUGAUGAUGAUGAUGAUGAUGACGACGACGUUAAAAUCAGUGAAAUCAAAAAGAUCAUCCCUAAUAAACGGAAAUCGAAUGAUUCUAAAUCAGAGGCAGAAACUGAUGAAGUCGUCGUCAUAGAAGACACUCCCAUAAAAAACAAAUCAAAAGAAGAUAACAGAAAACAACACGAUUCAAGGAAAGAAACCAGAAAUAAACCAAACAGCAAGCUAACCCAUUUGAUUGUUUGUGAAUAUUGCGGUAAAACUUUCAGACAACUUUCUUAUUUGGAUAGUCAUAGACUUCAACACACGAAACAGGGUGAAAAGAAAAUAGAAAAUGUGCAAAGCACCAAAUCUGUUUUUAGUUGCGAAAUAUGUAAGAAAGAGUUUAGGAAACUUCAUCAUUUAGUUCAGCACAGGAUUAUUCACAACUCGAAUAGCACAAGCGCUAAAGGAACUCGGAAGAGCUCCUCUGAACAAAGUGAAGUUAAAGUUGAAUCUGAUGAAGUGACAAAACAAAGUGAAGACACAAGCGCUGGAUUCCGCUGUGAGCCCUGUGACAAAUCAUUUAGGAAACUCCACCAUUUAGUUGAACAUCGCGAAACACACGAUGGUAUAAAUAGACAAAAAACUACCAUUACACCGAGUACUCCAUCGAAUACCGUUGAAAAGUCUACACCGCCGCCACAAUGUGAAAUCUGUAAGAAAACCUUUCGAAAAUUACAUCAUUUGAUGGAACACAAAGAACAACACAAUGAGACAAGUUCGGAAAAAUCGGACGACAAAAGUGUACAGAGCUCAUUGUCCACGAAAGAUAUAAUACACGAGUGCCCACUUUGCUACAUGGUGUUUCCCAAUGAGCAUUCGCUGAACAAACACACUGUGAUUUGUCAACGGAAAAAGAGACAGUCGAAGAUGUCUAAACCAAACCCAGAUGGCCUAACUGACGCUGUCGAAGGUGUUGAACGUCAUGAUUCCAUUGAAUCUAACAUUAAUGAUGAAGAUGAUGAUGACGAUGAACCAAAAAUAGUUACAGAAGAGAUCAAAGUAAUUGAUUUGGAAAAAGAUGAAAUUGAAAACGACGUUAAAAUUACUGCUCCAGAAACAGUCCAAAAUCUGCUCACAAUAGACGAAAGUCUUCCAGAAAAACAUAUUGAAGGAAAAGUUGAAAAUCUUGGUGCUAUAGUUAAGGAAGAUAUAGUUGAAGUGUCUGAUAGAUCCGAGUCUGCGAUAGUUACUAAAGUUGCCACAAAUUUAAAGAAGAGAGAAGAAAAAGAGAUUGUAAUGGUUCAGUUGAAAAAGAAAAUUGCUCCGAAAGAAAAAGUCGGAUCGGCACUAAUAAAACGACAAAAGGUAACAAAACCCCCACAACCCGUCGUGCACGAUGUAAAACCGGUUACAGACUCGAGUGACGAUGAUGAAGUUAGAUACAUGUUGAAUCCUAAUUACCAAAUAGAUGCUACUGCCGAAGGGAAAACGUUUAUGAAAAUACGAGCAAAUAAACGUAGUUCCCUACAAAUUGAACGUCCGGACUCAAAAGAACUAAUCAAGAGGAGAACAUCAUUACAGCACCCUCCAAAAAUACCUCGCCUGAAACCAAAGACCGUGGAGGCGAAAGUAGUGGCUUUAAAUGUAAAGAGAAGAAUUAAUAAAGUUACUGAAGCACCAGCCUCGGAUUCAGACGAUAGUGACGUCAAAUACUCUUUCCCCACGGUUAUUGCCGAAAAACAGACUAAACCGGCAAAAGAAAACCGAACUAAAGAAACGAAAUUAAUUAAACCUCAGAGAAAAUCGUUGGCAGACAAAAGGAAAACGUUAAGUUCUGUUGCGAAAAGAAAAUCUUCGGGAAGGCCUACAAUUUCGUCGCACAAAACGAAUCCUUCACCAGCUAAACAAUUGAAAAAGCGGACAACAGAGAUCGAACACAGGUGUGACUGUGGUCAGUUGUUUAGUAGCGCUGCCCUUUUGUCCCGGCACACCACACUGGCGCAUACCCCCCCUCGGAUACGCAAACGACGUUCUCCACCGCCUGAGAUUGAUACGAAGCCUGCCCCGAAACAAACACGCAAAUCCACAGAAAGGCCAAAGCAACCUGUCGGCUCUCGGAAGUCGAGCACUCGGAGCGAUACCACUGCUCCGACCCAACCUAAAACUACCAGAAAGUCCAGCGUCAAACUCGACGUUAAACCUCCAGAAGCCCGGAAGUCACUCAAAUCCUCUGACAAACUCGAAACUUCCAAACAAACGACAGUAGUCAAGGCGAAAAGGAACACCGCCCACAGAGGCGUCCCCGUGCCCGAGAAAAUGAGGAAACUCAUGCAAAAAUCGAAAUCAUAAUGGUACUUAACAAGAGAUGUGAGCCGCACAUGUUAAAAUGGCAGAUCCAAUACACUCCAGGCGAUGUACUCCUCCACGCGAGUGUGGCUCACUUCGUGUUCUUGUAUCGUAAAUUUUCGAAAUCGACUGAAUUUUUGGGACGAUGUUCGUAGAGUAUAAGAAUGUUGCUAGUUGUAUGGAACCACGCAUCAAGAAGCUCAUUAUAAUAUAAAGUAACAAACGGACCAUGUUUUAAAUGAAAUAUAUGUACCAGUUUGGGAACUUUAAUUGAUUGCAUCAUUUGUAACAAAUACUUUAUGCGUCCAGACAGGACUAGCGUUUACUUGUCUGUUUGUAAAUGAGAAGUUUAUAUAUUAUAGCAAUUAUAUUUUGUCAAUUUGUUGUAGAGGUUAUAUUAUAUGUGUAAGAUUAAUUAUUAUAUUUCUGAUAAAAUAUUGGAAACAUUUUCAGUUUUAAAUUGUAUUUUGGGAUACUUGUCUAGUAAUAGUCUAAUUAAAUCGUUUUCUAGGUCAGACGAAGAUGUGUAGGACAAUGUUAAAUUUCUUUUUGUGAGCUUAUUUUUUCAGAAGUCGUAUGCUACGAAAUUUGUUUUUAAUAUAGCCGUACCGGGUGUAAGGCUCCCGACAACAAAGACAGGUGGUGACUGAUGAUUCCUGAAUAAGAAGUGUGGAUAUAAAAUUAGCUAAGGCCACAAUAUCGUGAUCAUGUGCAGAACUUGUUCUAGUACAUGCAGGAUUUACUAGAAUAUACUAGACGGAACAUACUAGAAUUCGCAUACAGAAACUACAAGUAUUUACAUAUAGCUGAGCAAAAUUGUACCAUAAUUAUUUUUACACUAGCGUAUUAUAAUGAAGUACAGGGGCAGUGCCCGCUAAUUAAUAUCCUUAAAUUAUGCAUAUUUUUCGUGUGCUAAAGUUUCCUUUUCUAAAUCGGGAUUCUUACACUCUAUAUGUAAACAGAUUAAAUAUUAUUUACUAUCCACUGAGACUUUCUGAUCCAAUUCAUUAGGAAAUAGUGAAUCUAUUGCAAUAGUAAAUUUCACGGUCUAGUUGUAUCCAUCAAUUAACAUCAACAUGAUUUUAACUUCAAAUCAUUAUAUCUUCAAUACGUCACCUGUUUAUAGAUUCAAGAUUAAGGAUGAAAUAUCUGUUGUUGCCAAUAACUAUCAUUACCUACUUAUCUUUUUUUUUCUUAAUUAAUACAUCAACCUUGAUCAUUUACCACUACGAUGAACUAAUCUAAAUGCGAUGAUCAUCAUAAUUUUUUUAGUGAACUAGGACCAAAAUAUAUAAAUAAUGUCUGUUUUGAAUAGUAUAUUAAAAUGUUUUUAAUUUUAAUGAUGUUUAUCUACGUGACUAACAAAAAUGCAAAAAACAGAGUAGCAGUCUUGUGAGAUUUAUGUUUUAGAAGCAUUUAACAUGAAAUUUUAUAAAUGUAGAUGAUAUUAUUUUUAAUAUGAUGCAAUUUUGAUUAAUGGGUUAUAAAUAAAACUACUAAAAGUAUAAAUAA